CUGGUGAUCAAUGGAGGCUUCAAGGAUACACUGAAGGUGUGGUCAUCUGACACAACACGACAAGAUAUAAGAGAGCCCGCAUCAGAUCAUGAGGAGGCAGAUACUAGAAUAGUAUACAAGCAAGUCAACAUUUUGUGUCUUGAUACGGACGUUCUGGUCCUCCUUUUGGCACACCGAGAGCAGCUUUGUCAAGAGAUAUGGAUGUUUGCGGGUACAUCAAGACAAAGGCGUUACAUACCAGUUCACAGAAUCCCGCUCUCCGAGGAGAAGAGGAAGUCGCUUCUGGCAUUUCAUGCCAUUACUGGCUGUGAUACGACAAGCCAGUUUUAUGGUGAGGGCAAGGCAUCGGAAUGGAAAGUCUUCGAAAAUGCACCUGACCUCUUGGAACACCUUGGAGAAGAAAGCCAAAUCAGUGCUGACGUUCUUGCCAAAGCUGAAGCCUUUGUAUGCAAAUUCUACAAUCAGGGAACACAAGAGGUGGAAAUCAACAAAAAAAGAGAAGCAGCGUUUCGCAAAUCCAAGAAAGAUCUUGACGCCCUACCUCUGACUCAAGGUGCACUGAUUCUCCACGUAAAGGGGGCAAACUAUCAGACCAUGGUAUGGCAUAAAGCGCUGGAACCAUGUCCUUCUCUCCCAAAGCCUGAAGACAGCGGA